AUGUCGCAAGGACUCACCCGCCGACGCCCAGGACACUCCCCCGCCAUCCCCCAGACCACCGCACAGCUCGAGUCCCCCACCCUCCCCGGCUCCUCCUCCCCUGGCCCCUCCCCCAACCCCAACACACAGGGCAGAGACGGCAACGAGGGACACAAGAUCGCAUAUGACCCCAGGGACUUUGAAAAUGUCGACGAGAAGGACCAGAUGCCCAGGUUGACCCUCAUGGAGGAGGUCCUCCUGUUGGGGCUCAAGGACAAGGCGGGCUAUCUGUCCUUCUGGAACGACAACAUCUCCUACGCCCUCCGAGGCUGUAUCCUCAUCGAGCUGGCCCUCCGCGGUCGUAUCGCCAUGGUUCGAGAUCCCUCGCGCCGCCGCUUGGCCCUCUCGGAUAGGCUGAUAGAAGUCAUUGAUGACAGGCAGACAGGAGAGACGCUUCUAGAUGAGGCUUUGAAGAUGAUCAAGAGCAGUGAGAAAUAUGGGGCAGGCGCGUGGGUAGAUCUAAUGAGCGGCGAGACUUGGAAUGUAAUGAAGAUCGGCUACCAACUGAAACAAGUCCGUGAGCGCCUCGCCAAGGGCCUAGUGGACAAGGGCAUUCUUCGCACCGAGAAGCGCAAUUUCCUCCUAUUCGACAUGGCUACCCAUCCCAUCGCGGACAUGAACGCCAAAGACGACGUCAUGCGACGGGUCUUGUCGUUGUUGACUGCGAGGACUGCGGCCAUUCCUGCGCAGGCGCUGCAAAAGGAGAAUGUAAAGUAUAGAUAUAUGCGGGCGGUUGCUCUCGUUUGUGCUGCCUACGCUUCGAGCGUCCUUGAGAACGCUCUCCAACGCCUUUCCUACGACGCCCGAGAAGCCGCCUUCGGUCGCUGCGACGAUAUCCUCGCCGAAUUCUGCACCUGGCCUUUUGGCCAAACCACUUCCCAAUCUUCUGGUCCGGUAGCUAUUGGCUCCGGGUCGGGACGACGGCGUGAAGGUGGUUCAGGUGGGGCCGGGCGCGAGACAGUGCAGGAGUUGGUGAGGGAGGCGAGGAAGGAGAUGGCGGCUGCGAGCGGGGCAGGGCAAGGGGGCAAUGCUGCUGGUGCUGGGGGUGGGCAAGAGGAUCAGGAAGAAUUGUGUUUCGAGGUGGUGGCCACGGUGUUUGAGAUCUUUGGGAGGAUGGACAGUCUGGCAAGUCUCACUGGUCCCCCAUUUGUGCUCUGCUAA